UGAUGGGCAAAGGGUUUGGCGCCUUAGAAAACAUCGGAAAAGGGCUGAGUGCCAACGCGCGGUCCCUUCUGGGCGAACAAGGUUUGCCAUUCGACUACCCACACUCCAACGAAUGGGACAACGACUCAGAGGACUAUGUGGAAGAUGAGGACAGUAUAGACGCCUGCCCUGAAUUCGAGGUCCGGUUUGAAAAAUACGGGGGCCAAAAAGUUCUAAACACGCUGGAGGAGACAUCCACGGUCUUUAGUGGAGCGGCGCAACGGCAG